AUGGAUGAAGUAUUUGAGCCUGACACAAUCGACGUUCAAGUUGAUGAUUUUGUAAAAACCAAAUCAGUUUCAAGAUGCAAAGAUGAAUUCCUUAAUGUUCUUUGUGAAGACAGUGAUGACGAACCAGUAGAAGGUGAAGGAGAGAAUGCUCGAGUGGAAGUACAUGAUGAGAAAAACGCUAAAGAAUCUAGUGAUGAAGAUGAAAUCGUAUACUCCAUCCAUAAUCCGAAGGUCAAAUGGAGUGUGAUGAAACCAAUUAUUGGAGAAAGGACUUGGUAUGAAGUGCGAAGUGGUGUUAAUUCAUAUGAAAUUAGGAAUGGCUUUCAAAGUUAUGGAGUUGAUUUGGAACACCAUUACUGCAGCUGCAGACUGUGGGAGAUAGCAGGGAUACCUUGUGUGCAUACACAAGUAGCAAUCUUAUACACCAACCAAGAUCCAAAGAAAUUCAUUAGCACUUGGUUCAGUAAGAGUAAUUACAUGGCUACAUAUCAGUCUAACAUACUUCCAGUCAAUGGAAGUAACUUGUGGGAAGAAACUGGCUAUACCAAGCCCCUUCCACCUACAGCUCGGAGGAUGCCAAGACGACCUCGUGUCAAAAGAAGGAGACAUGUCUCUGAGCAUGAAGACAAGGUUUUGAAUUUCCUAGCCAAUUGACUGUAGAGGAUGUCAUGGAACAAGAAGAGGUCAUGGAACAAGAAGGUAUGGAUCAAGAGGGUAUGAAUCAGGAGGGAAUCAAUGAGAAUGGCAUGAAUCAGGAUGGAAUGGGUGUACAGGGGAUGGAUCAGUAGGGAAUCAUUAAGAAUGUCAUAGGUGAGGAGGGCAUGGAACAAGAAGGUAUGUAUCAAGAGGGCAUGAAUCAGGAGGGAAUCAAUGAGAAUGGCAUGAAUCAGGAUGG